AUGUCUACUGAGAUAAAAGCCAAAGAGAUUUUCAACGAUUUUGCGACUGUUGGCAAGAAUCAAGAGAAAGUAUUGACUUUACCUGAUUUCAUCAAUGUUUUAUCACCAUUUCAAACUGAUAUCCCCAAGUCAGCAUUCUCACUUUUGUACCUAGUUGCUGACACUGAGAAAAAGGGCUUUGUUACUGAGGCUAACUGGUUACACUUUAUCAACACUUUGACCUCGACUGAUGGUGAAUAUAAAUUGUUGUAUGAAUUUUUAUCCUCGAGUGAUAAUGUUAACUCAAAAAUCACCUAUCAUCAAUGUGUCGAUAUUUUGAACAAGAUCAAUUCAUCCAUCGACCCUCAAUAUCAACAAAAAUUGAUCAAGUUGAACUGGAUUUAUUUCCCCAAAUUUUUUGAACCAAAGGGAGAGAUUGGAUUCAAUGAUUUUGUCACUUUGAUCAGCUUCUUACCCGUUACGAAAUUAAUUGGAAAUUUUGAAGUCGCUGCUGGUAAGAACAAGACAAUUUCAGGUGAAGAUUUAGUGAGAAUCUUGACGAACACGUUUAGUCAUAAAUUAUCUGAUAAAUUGAAGAAAAACUUACCUAACAUCACUGGAUUCUUUGAUAACCAAAAGGAAUACUCACUAUCCAAUGUCUUAUUUAUCUAUGAUACAUUGAGUAAGGUCGACAUGAUUAAUGAAGUUAUUGUAAAUACCCCACCAACAACUAAAGAUAAGGCUGAUAUCAUCAUUAACAAAAAGGAUUUGUACAAUCAUUUGAACGAUCCAUUAUUGAAAUCAGCUAACUUUAGACAAAUUUCAAACUUGUCUUUGGAUUUGAUUUACUACUUGAUCAACCAAGAGAGUGGUGAUAGCAUCCCUCGUAAACAAAUGAUGUCAUUCUUGAACCCCAACGUUAGUAACAAUGUUAAUUCCUUGGCUCCGAUAUUUGAGCAUCCUCAAAGUCGUCAUUCGACUCAUGAAUCCAGCGACAACUUUUCCUUGUGGCCAAUUUACGACUCAUUGUAUUCAUUUUUCCUUGGGUCCAUUGCUGGAUGUAUUGGUGCUACUGCUGUUUACCCUAUUGAUUUGGUCAAAACUAGAAUGCAAGCCCAAAAGCACAAGGCAUUGUACGAUAACUCAUUGGACUGUUUCAAGAAAAUUUUGAGAAAAGAAGGUUUUAAGGGAUUAUAUUCAGGUUUGGCUGCUCAAUUGGUGGGUGUUGCUCCAGAAAAAGCUAUUAAAUUGACAGUCAAUGAUUUGGUUCGUAAAAUUGGAACUGCGGAAGAUGGAUCAAUUACCAUGAAUUGGGAAAUUUUGGCUGGUAUGUCUGCUGGUGCUUGUCAAGUCAUCUUUACUAAUCCUUUGGAAAUUGUAAAGAUUAGAUUGCAAAUGCAAGGUAAUACCAAGAAUUUGACGCAACCGGGUGAAAUUCCAAUCAAACAUAUGAGUGCCAGUCAAAUUGUUAGACAGUUGGGUCUCAGAGGUUUAUAUAAGGGCGCGACUGCAUGUCUUUUAAGAGAUGUGCCUUUUUCAGCAAUUUAUUUCCCAACGUAUGCCAACUUGAAAAAGUACAUGUUUGGUUUCGAUCCGAAUGAUUCUACCAAGAAGCAAAAAUUGUCAACAUGGCAAUUGUUGGUAUCUGGUGCUUUGGCUGGUGCCCCAGCUGCCUUCUUCACCACUCCUGCUGAUGUAAUAAAAACUAGAUUACAAGUUGCCGGUAAAAAGAAUGAUAUUAAGUAUAAAGGUAUCUUUGAUUGUGGUGCUUCAAUUUUGAAACAAGAAGGAUUUUCUGCAUUUUUUAAAGGUUCAUUGGCCAGAGUAUUUAGAUCAUCACCACAAUUUGGUUUUACUUUAGCUUCUUAUGAGUUAUUGCAAAGCUUGUUCCCAUUGACACCACCAAUUACCAGAGAAUCCAAUUUUAAGGCCAUUAGCGGUUAUCCAGGUGUUUAUAACUUGACCAACGACCAAGUCUACAACUCACAAGAGAAAGGUGAUAGGUUGAUUUAUCUCAACAAGUCAGCCAUUGACCCGAACGUCAACAAAGACCAAGAUGCAUUGGUCAAAUUGCCUGCUAAUUAUACAUACAAAUCAUAUGAUGCUAUGACAUUGUUUAUGGAUAUUGAUUACAAAUUUGGAAAGUUCGAUUACAAUUCAUACUUAAACUAUAUUCAAAAAAAGUAA